AUGAUUGAAGAUGCUGAAGGUACCGUAGGUGCUCAUAGUGAAAUGCGAAUAAUUGCGUUUCCUCAAAUUAAUCUUGAUCUCACCGACUGGACAAAUGAUAAUGAAAGUAAUAUUGUUCUACAACACGAUUGUCUUCAUGUUGCUGCUUGGAUUGAAGAAGAAAAUGAUCCUUAUCAGAUCAUUUCUUAUUGUAUGAGUGAAUGGCCAUCAAAAUGGAAGUUUCAAAAAAAUAAUCAAGAUCAAAACUUUACUUUUGUUGUGCUCUACAUGUUAAAUAUUACUAGUGAACAAUUAUAUUUUUGGUCGGCACCAAUGGAUGUAGUUGAACAUUAUCAAUUUUAUUUAAAUCUGUUGUUAACUUCAAAUACGUCAUCAUCAUCAAUGGCAACUUAUAUGUUCUAUAAUUGUACGUCACCCAGAUUUGGUCCAUUGUGUCAAUAUUCAUUGGAUGCUUACAAGUAUCAUCAUUUAACUGUAAACGAGAUUAUUCGUGAAUAUUAUCUAUACGAAUAUGAACCAACAACAUUGACAUGUUAUACUCACUUACAAUGUGAUCGCGGUUCACUAUUUGCAUGUCUUGAUUGGAGUGAAAUAUGUGAUGGAGUCAUUGAUUGUCGAAAUGGAGUCGAUGAAGAAUCUUGUUGGCAAGUUGAAAUCAAUGAAUGCGAAGAUAAUGAAGUUCGAUGUCUAAAUGGACAAUGCAUAUCUAAGACAUUUUUUCAUGAUGAUCCUAAUGGUUUUGAAUGUCUUGAUCGAUCAGACAGAAAGCCAAAAGAUCGAAAAAAACAUUAUUCAAUACAUAUUGAUAUCUAUGAAAAAAUAUCACUCGCAUAUCGAAGAAGUUUUUUAUUACCACUUAAGUUUUCUUUUUUACCUGUACAUCGUGUCGCUGUUCAACUCAACAUUCCACGCACAACUGAUGAUGUGGAAAGUUGUUCAAGUCAACAAUGUGUUCAUGGUCAAUGUAUUAAAUAUUCAGACAAUCCGAAAGGUAUUACUUUUUGUCAAUGUUAUCGAGGAUGGUCUGGACGAUACUGUACCAUCUCUCAUCACUGCACAUGUUCCCCUGACUCAUUAUGUAUUGGUAUCUUAGCGAACAACCGAUCUUUAUGUGUUUGUCCUAUGAAUAAGUGGGGUUCUCGAUGUUUAUUUCGAAGUACAAUAUGUCACUCUAAUCAAAAUACUACAUGUUACAAUGGUGGUCAAUGUAUGCCUACUAAUGAGCAUAUAAUAUCUAACAAGAAAUUUAAAUGUAUCUGUCAAAAAGGUUUCACUGGAGACAGAUGUGAAAUAGCUGAUACUAAAAUCAUUAUAUCAUUUCGUCAAGACAUGAUUUUACCAUCCUCGUUACUGGUUCAUUUCAUUCAAGUGAUAGACGGUGCUCCACCUACAAAUGGUAGUACUUUCAAAAUGAUUCCUAUAAAUCAAAAAGCAUUGGUGAUCCAUUGGUCAUACCCAUUUCACAUUGUUUUUAUUCAACUUUUCGAUAAAAACUACUAUUUAAUCACUGUUCAAAAGAGCUACCAUCCAUCAACAACCAUUGUUCGAGAAAUUCAACCAUCAGAUCGUUGUCCAUAUAUAAAUGAAGUAUUGGAUCAUGCAGCUGUUAAAUUUCAUCUUCUUCGUCGUAUUAAAUAUUACCAUUUACCAUGUGAAAGACAUUUACCACCAGUAUCUUGUUUUUAUGAUGACAAUUAUUUUUGUUUAUGUGACGAUUAUGGGCAACACCGUGUAGCCAACUGUUUUGAAUUUAAUUAUACAAAGAAAUUCGAUUGUUUUGGUCAAAGUAAUUGUGAAAAUGGAGCACAAUGUUUACAAGAUAGAUCUACAUGUCCACAAACAUCGACAUGUGCUUGUCAAACAUGUUUUUAUGGAAGACGUUGCCAAUUUAGUUCACAUGGAUUUGGUCUUUCGCUUGAUGCAAUUUUAGGUUAUCAUAUUCAACCACAUAUUAUCAUCAGACAUCAAACCCUUGUUGUACAAUUAAGUAUAGUAUUGACGAUCAUUAUGACUGUAGCAGGAUUGAUCAAUAGUACUCUAUUGAUGAUUGCAAUUAAUAAUAAAGAACCACGUAAAAUUGGUUGUGGUAUUUAUCUAAUAAGUACAUCGAUCACUAGUCUAUUUACAAUGCUUAUGUUUGCAUUGAAAUUUUCCAUACUUAUCAUUGCACAAAUGACAUACAUUACGAAUCGUUUAUUCCUACGAUUACAAUGUACUUCAAUAGAUUUUGUGCUACGGAUCGGUUUUAAUAUGGAUCAAUGGUUAUCUGCAUGUGUAGCUGUAGAGCGAACAGUUACCGCAAUAAAAGGAAUCAGUUUUGAUAGAAAGAAGAGUAAACAAAUGGCUAAAUAUAUUAUUCUUAUUCUUCUAAUUUUGAAUAUUAGUACAACUAUUCAUGAUCCUAUUCAUCGACGUUUGAUAGAUGAUGAUAAUGAUGAUGACGAGAAAAGAAUUUGGUGUAUUGUUACUUAUUCAUCCAAUCUUCAAACGUUUAAUACAGUGCUAAAUAUAUUUCAUUUUUUAACCCCAUUUAUUAUUAAUUUGAUUUCGGGUUUAGUCAUUAUUAUAAUGACCACUCGACGGCGAACAACUGUACGAGCUAAUGAAAGUUUUCGAAAAAUGUUACAAAAACAAUUUCAAGAACACAGUCAUCUACUGAUCACUCCAAUUCUUUUGGUCAUUUUAGCUAUUCCACGUUUGAUCAUUUCUCUUAUUUCACGUUGUAUGAAGUCAAUUAAUGAUCCAUGGUUAUUUUUGAUUGGAUAUUUUAUCUCAUUCAUGCCAUCUGUGCUUACUUUCGUGGUGUUUGUUCUUCCAUCUAAAGUAUACAAACAAGAAUUUUGGAAGGCUUAUGCACGAUAUAAAAAUGUAGUACAAAUACGAUUACAUCUAGUUUCAUAG